AUGAUUGUGCCAAUCUUAUGGCGUUGUUCGUUUAGUAAAGAAAGUCUAUGUCUUUCAUUUCUCAGAAUUUCGAGAAGAUCGGUCGCAAAUGCGUCACGAGCGUCAGCUGAUCAUUAUCUUCGUCAAUGUUAUUCAGUAUUGGAAGUUGAUCCAUCAUGCCGCGAUGAGACCAUUAUUCGAAAAGCAUAUCUAGCAAAAGUCAAACAGUAUCAUCCAGAUUCCCCAACGCACGAUAGUCAACUUGGUCAUACGAAGUUUAACGAAGUUCAACAAGCUUAUGAAUCAUUGACUGAAUCGUUGAAAACUGGUGAAAUACCUGUUGAACCAUCAGAAGAUGAUAUUCAUAUUAAAUUUGACAUUCGUCAUACAGCUCCUCAACAUCGUACACAUCUUGAAUACGGUGGAUUCGGUAUGGGAACGCCAAGCCAGAGACAAGCUGCGUAUUAUAAAAUGCGUGCGGAAAAAGCACACGAACGUGUCUAUGAAUAUCGUCGGGAUCGAGAAUCGAUUGAAACAAGAGAAGAAUUGAUUGAACGAAAGAAAAGAAAAGAUGUUCGAGCAACGAAUUUUAUCGAACGUUUAGUAGAAGAUCUUAUACAAGAAUCCAUGUCUCGCGGUGAUUUCAAUAACAUUCGACCGAGUGGUAAACCUUUACACGAACGUAAUCCGCACUACAUGGAUUUUACAACUUACAAAAUCAAUGAAAUUCUUAUCGAUAAUGGUUACAUGCCUGAAUGGAUUUUGAUUGAAAAGCAAAUUCGAGAAUCAAUAGAAGCCGCUCGAAUUAAUUUGAAACGUGUCUACAAAACUAUAGCUAUCGAAAACUGUCUUUCAUCUGAUGAAACUCGAAAAACCUUCUUAUCCAAUACAUCUCAAUGGACACAAGCUGUCGAUAAAUUUCGUACUGACAUCGUCGAUAUCAAUAAUAACAUCAACAAACUAAAUCUUAUUGUUCCAAUGCUAUGGCGGCAACAAGUACAUUAUAAUACAGAUCAAGAAAUCGAAAAAAUUCUUUCUCUCGCACCUGAAAAGAUCGAAUUACCGCCUUCGGAAGAAGAACUAGCAUUGAUUCAUCGAGAAGAAAUGAAUCAACGACAUCAAGAAUGGACCACUCAUGAAGCCAGUCAAAAGUAUUCAAUCGGUGAUGCUAUCAAAGAUUUUUUUAAUGCUUUUCGAAACUUCCAAAUGGACUCUUUGCUAAUGGAUAAUGCCGAUUCGAAUGGGAAUGGUCAUCAUCAAAAUAAUCUUAAUAAUAAUAAUAUUAAAUUAUCACCCAAUUCUUUUUGUGAUCGAGAUACAUUAGCAACAUUACUUCUUGGCAAUCAAAGUCCAACAUCAGCUGGUGCUCUAUCAUCAGUUGAUGAAUGGGCUGAUAGUGCUGGAGAAUUACUUGUCGAACUGGAUAAUCUUAGUAUGCUUAGUCAAAUAUGUGAUAGUGUACCAAGACUUCCACCCAAACCCAAUCGUUCUAAUGAUGAAACAAGAUCUUCGAUCAAUUCCCAACAUUCCAAACACUUAACUUUUCGAGAUAUUCUUGCUUUUUGGCAAUGUUAUGAUCAACUUUAUAUCGAACAAUAUCAGUAUGAUCGAAGAUAUUCAUCGGCUGUUAUUGAUCAAGCAGUAAAUGCAUUUGGAAUGCAAGAAUAUGAUCUACUUUCAACAACUCUUUCACAAUCGUCAUCACCACCGCGAGGAUCAUCGUCGUAUCAACGAUGUAAUUCUCAACAUGAAUACGAGCAUUUAUUCAAUGAGUUUUCUUCAGUAGCAAACGAUGAAUCAGAUGAUGCGUGUUUAUCUUCAACAACAAAUUACAACAAACCGAGUGACGUGAACAAUGCUGCGAAAUUAUCGAUUCUUUCCAAGCUUCUCCCAAUGACAACUCAUUCAUCUCCCGGAUCAACAGAUAAUGAUCUGAAUGCAUUUGUUGCUGAUCUUGACCCACGUCCUACACCAAACAUUAAUGAUAUAUUAGCGAAUUUAAAAGCUGGCCUAAUCGAAUCGAAUCUAAAUUUAACAUCGUUUGAUGAAUCUCAUCUUGAUCUUCCACGACAACGAUCAUCUCUCACACAUAAUCGUCUAAUAUCAUCAUCAAUGAUUAAUAAUAUUGCUGUACCAUCAGUAUUCAUCAAUGAAGUUGAACAUGUACGUCUUGUUGAUCUAUCGAAAAGUUUAUUAAACAAUCUUCCAUUAUCAACCAUUAAACAUUAUGCCAAACUAUUACAAUGUCCAAUUGUUAUGUGUCCCGAAUUUAUACGUGAUUUUCUCAUGCGUAACAAUCGACAAGCUAGUACCUCACGUUCGUGUUUUUGUACAACGUUAACUGACACAAAAUUAAUCUACACAGAAUUAAUUGCUGCGAAUGUGCCAUUACCAGCCAUACCAAAAGAAGAAGAAGCGUUGUUGUUAACUAAGAAACGUAAACAUGCGCCACCGAAAGGUUGGGAUGACGGAUCAAGUGAUAUGAUUAUAACUGUGCCACAAGUGAAAAAACAUAAACCAAAACUAGACUAUACAACAAUAUUACUUGAUCACGAUUAUUUAAGUGCUGAGCAAAUGGGAAAUCUAUGGCGUAGACCAUCAAAAAAACCACUUGUAACUAUUCCAUUACCAGUUUCCCUUCCAUUACCAUCAGUUGAACCUGAAGAUGAUCUUCAUUUUAUGGAAUGUUCUCCAACACCACCUGUUUCAGCAGCACCAAAUACAAAUCAAAUGUCAUUAUUAUCUUCCACAUCUAGUUCAGCACCACUCGUAGUACCUCCUCCAGCUCCUCCUCCUCCUCCUCCACCACCACCCCCAAUUCUGUUCAAACUACGCGAUUAUUUUCAUUCACAUCCACCACCGACACCACUUCCAACAUUUUAUGACGCUUAUUCAGACGAACGAUUUCUAGAGAUUACUCGACAUCCUUUGAUAAUUAUUUCUCAAACACAAUUGGACUAUUUACUAAAUUAUCUUGAUAAAGAUAUCCCUUCAACAUCACUUAGUGACAGAUACCAUUUGUAUUAG